UAUGUUUGUUUAUGUCCGAAAAAUAAUAGCCCCGGCCUCUGGUUUUUCUCCCCGCCUUUAAUGUGUGAAAGCUGGCGGAGCCUCCAAAUAUUUCUCAUUUGUACCCAGCUAAUGUAGCACUAUGCUAAUGCGAACAGAUUUACGGAACAUUUUUCUCGGCUAGUUGCAAAACAAACGCGUUCAACGUGAAGCUUUUAUACCGAGGCGUUGUCCCAAGUGUCAACCGUGACUAAGAAAGCUGAUGAGUCUCCAAGCUUCUGAAAUGGACUGCCCACCGGUGUGAUUUUUUUAACCCUGUUCUCAAACGAGGAGGAGAAGGUUGGAGAUGAGACGUUGCUGCGCGAGACCCCAUCAUGAGCAUUGAGAGUCUCGGCGGAGCGAUCGGGGAUUCCCUGGGCUCUAGCCUGACGGUCCGUAUGAGCGGUGCAGGCGGCAUUCGUAGUCCUCUCUCCCUGAAAUCCGUCGGUCGGAUCACCUCGCUCCUGCAAACCAUGGUCCCCACCGGCUACACCAAGCUCCAGGAGGAGCGGCUGGCUCUGGUCGAUCUCGGUGCCAAACCCGAAGCCUCACUCCAGAACGGUUACAGACAAGAGAUGGCUCACCUGGAAGGCCGGCGGCCGCCGGACCGUGCCUCUCGUUCCUCCGUCACUCUGUCGGACAUUGGAGAGGGAAGCUACUUGGAACUGGAGCCCAUGUUGGCUGAGAGGAGGCUCUCAGAUGACGAUGAUAAUGGCCACCAGAAUGAAGAAGAAGAGGAGGAAGCAGCGCAACCCGCUGUGCACAUUCUGCCCAAGGAAUCGCCACUGGCUAUGGCUUUUCAGAUCCUCGUGCCUUUCCUGUUGGCCGGUUUUGGAACUGUAUCGGCUGGCAUGGUGCUGGAUGUUGUACAGCAGCACUGGGAGGCGUUCCAGUACAUCACCGAAAUCUUCAUCCUGGUUCCCGCUCUGCUCGGCCUCAAGGGCAACUUGGAGAUGACUCUGGCCUCACGCCUCUCGACAGCGGUGAACGUGGGCAAGAUGGACUCGCCGAUUGAAAAGUGGAAUCUCAUCAUCGGCAACUUGGCGCUCAAGCAGGUGCAGGCCACCGUGGUGGGCUUCUUGGCAGCUGUGGCGGCCGUGGUUCUGGGCUGGAUCCCCGAGGGGAAGUUCCAGAUGAGCCACGCGGUGUUGCUGUGCUCCAGCAGUGUCGCCACGGCCUUCAUCGCCUCUUUGCUGCAGGGUUUCCUCAUGGUGGGUGUGAUCGUGGGUUCGAAGAAAACGGGCAUUAACCCGGACAACGUCGCCACGCCUAUCGCCGCCAGUUUUGGAGACCUCAUCACGUUGGCCAUCCUGGCCUGGAUCAGCCAGGGCCUCUACAAGUGCCUCGAUUCCUACCCGUACGUUUCCUCCGUGGUGUGUGCCUUCUUCAUGUGUCUGACGCCGCUGUGGAUGGUCAUCUCGUCCAAGCACCCGGCCAGCCGCACGCUGCUCUACUCAGGCUGGGAGCCGGUCAUCACCGCCAUGGUCAUCAGCAGCAUCGGAGGGCUCAUCCUGGACAAAACGGUGUCUGACCCCAAUCUGGCUGGAAUUGUGGUGUACACCCCCGUCAUCAAUGGUAUCGGAGGUAACCUGGUGGCCAUUCAGUCCAGCCGGAUCUCCACUUUCCUGCACUUCCACUUCGCGCCGGGGGAGGUCCCGGACGAAGCCAAGGGCUGCUACUACCCCUGCCGCACAUUCUUCGGCACAGGAGCCAACCACCGCUCGGCGCAGGUUCUCCUCCUCCUGGUGAUCCCCGGCCACCUUAUCUUCCUCUACACCAUCCACCUAAUGAAGAGCGGACACACCACGCUGACGCCCAUCUUUAUGUCCGUCUACCUGGCCACCGCUUUGCUGCAAGUGUUGCUGCUGUUGUGCAUCGCUGACUGGAUGGUGCACUCCAUGUGGCGCAGCGGCAAAGACCCCGACAGCUUCUCCAUCCCCUACCUGACGGCGCUGGGCGACCUGCUGGGCACCGCUCUGCUGGCGCUCAGCUUCCACUUCCUGUGGCUCAUCGGCGACCAGGACAGCGACGUGGGCGACUGAUGACAGCGAUUGACAUACUUCUUCUGUUCCAUGCAUCUCUCGUUGUGGGGACUUUUGCACCUUUUUGCACCAAAGCACUUGCGUAGUCGCCCACUGGUCCUUUUGGGUCCUAUACUUGGGCAAGAAUUACUCUCAGAUUUACUUUAUUCUGGGUGGUGUGUGGGAAUGGCAGACAAUGGUAGGCAUUCUCCAUCCAUUCUUCACCCCCAACACAAUGGAUGUCUUAUGAGACGGCUGCUUGUAGCACACUUUUGUGGACGUUUACAAGAGAAACGCGCCUUGUGCCAACAUGUACGCGGAAUUUUUUUUUUUCAUUGUUCUUGUCAACGCGCUCUUUUUCUACGGUAUGUCUCUUGUAUAAGAACCGGUAUUCAAUCCCAGUCGCCUAUGUGCCUCUUGAGAUUGACUGGUUGACAGGGUUUAUUACAGCAUUUUAAAUUUAUGUCCAAAAGAAUAUGGUAGCAGUAUUGUGUAUGGCAUUUGAUCUCUUUUUUUUUUUCUUUUGUCUGAAUAAAUGUAUUUCCACAA